CUCCACUUUCCUAUUGGAUCUGUGCGUCUUUUUGGACUUCUUCGUUUGUGGGUUUCUUUUCUGUUCUGCGGAGUAUAUCUAAAGCAGCUUUCUCUCUCCAUGACCUCUCUCUCUCUCACACAUAGCUUCCUCUAUCCACACUUGUUUUCCGGGGGAGAAGUAUGAUAGGAGUAUAGGAAACCGAUUUCUCUGCUUCCACGACACAAUUUCGCCUCCUUCCCCUCUUCAAGACUUGCUGUGUCUGUCUCUUUAAUUUACAUUAACAGUAUAUUCAGAGUUUCUGACGUAUUUGUCUCUUUCCAUGAGUGUGUAUGUUUGAUUUGUUUAGGAUGUGGCAAUUGGAGUCGCCUUACAAAACCCAAGUUUCAAACGACCCUCAAGGGAAAGUGGGAAAUGCAUGGUCCAUGCACCUCGGAACUGGUGCAUAUCAUACCUCAUCUGAUGCAAGCUUGUUCUCUAGCUCAUUGCCGGUUUUUCCCCAUGAAAAAUUAAUGUCUCACAAGUCAGUUGAUGAUAGUGCUGCUAGCUUCAGUCAAUUCCAUAUAGAAGAAGGUAAAACAAGUCAACCUGGAAGCGUUCUACCUGGAGAUGAGGAUGAGCUAUUAGCAGGCGUAAUGGAUGAUUUUGAUUUGGGUGAGCUCCCCACUCAGCUGGAAGAAUUGGAAUUAGAAGAAGAUCUUUUUGGUGGGGGAGGCUUUGAAAUGGAACCUGAGCUCCAAAAUAAUCUACUUAAUGGCUUUGCAAAUUUAAGUAUGUCUCCCGGAAGCAGUAACAGCACUGUGAAUUAUGGCUACUCAUUAAAUGGUAGUAUAGGGACAGUGGCUGGGGAACACCCCUACGGAGAGCAUCCUUCGAGGACAUUGUUUGUUAGAAACAUUAACAGUAAUGUAGAAGACUCUGAAUUAAGAUCUCUAUUUGAGCAAUAUGGAGAUAUAAGAACUUUAUAUACUGCUUGUAAGCACAGAGGGUUUGUGAUGAUAUCUUAUUAUGAUAUUCGUGCUGCUCGAACUGCAAUGCGUUCUCUACAAAAUAAGCCUUUAAGGAGAAGAAAACUUGAUAUUCAUUUCUCGAUUCCAAAGGAGAAUCCAUCAGAGAAGGACAUUAACCAAGGAACUCUUGUUGUUUUCAAUUUGGAUCCAUCUGUAUCUAAUGAGGACCUUUGUCAAAUAUUUGGGACUUAUGGUGAAGUAAAAGAGAUAAGGGAGACACCACAUAAGAGACACCAUAAGUUCAUUGAGUUUUAUGAUGUCAGGGCUGCCGAUGCAGCUCUUAAGGCGUUAAAUAGGAGUGACAUUGCUGGGAAGCGGAUUAAGCUUGAACCUAGCCGACCUGGCGGAGCCCGCCGAAACUUGAUGCAACAAUUGAGCCUCGAGCAAGAACAUGAUGAUGUUAGAACAUUUAGGAACCCAGUCGGGUCACCAAUUGGCAGUUCUCCUCCAGCAAGCUGGGCGAAUUUUGGGAGUCCAGUUGAGCCCAAUCCAUUGCAUAAUUACAGCCCAUCUCCCAGUUCAAGAAAUCUCAGUCCUGUAAAUUCCAAUCAUUUGUCUGGGCUGGCCUCUAUCCUCUCAAAUCCUGUAAAGAUUGCACCCAUAGGUAAAGAAACUGGAAGGGUUAGCCAGGGAAAUCAACCAUCUCAUGCGUUCAAUGAGACAAAACUAAGUUCAAGCUUGGGAAUUGGAACGCUCUCUGGUCCUCAAUUUCUAUGGGGAAGUCCGCCGCCUAUUAACUCCGGGUCUGCUACAUCAUCAAUGGGCAAACCGUAUUCACACUGGCAGGGCCCGCUUCUCAGUCAUGUGGGGUCUGCACCAUCCGGAAUUCCACUGGAACGGCAUUUCGGGUUUUACCCCGAGUCGCCCGAUACAUCAUCAUACAUAAGCUCAAGUCUUAAUAAUAAUAAUAAUAAUGGAAACCAUGUCAUGAAUACAGCGGGUGUUGCUUUUGUGGGUGGGGGUUUUAGUGAAAGUGGUUCUCCUGCUUCUAGAAUGAUGCCAUUGUCAAGAAACAUUCCUAUAUAUUAUGGAAGUGGUUCUUAUGGAUCAAGUAAUGGUGAGGGAUUGAUUGAACGCGGUCGAGGUCGUAGGAUGGAAACCGGGACCCAGUUGGAUAACAAGAAACAGUACCAGCUUGAUUUGGAGAGGAUAACGAGAGGGGAAGAUUCCAGAACUACUUUGAUGAUUAAGAACAUCCCUAACAAGUAUACUUCAAAGAUGCUACUUGCUGCAAUUGAUGAGACCCAUAAAAAUUCAUAUGAUUUCCUCUAUUUGCCAAUCGAUUUCAAGAAUAAAUGCAAUGUUGGGUAUGCCUUCAUCAAUAUGGUCUCUCCUCAAAGCAUUAUCUCUUUCUAUGAGGUAUUCAAUGGGAAGAAGUGGGAGAAGUUUAAUAGUGAGAAAGUUGCCUCAUUAGCUUAUGCAAGAAUCCAGGGAAAAGCUGCUUUAGUUGCUCAUUUUCAGAACUCUAGCUUAAUGAAUGAAGACAAAUGGUGCCGUCCUAUUUUAAUCCAGUCAGAGGGCCAUAAUCCUGCUGAAGAGGAACCUUUGCUGUCCAGCAACCUUAAUAUAUUCAUCCGCCAUCUUGAUGGAUCUUAUUCGGGAGAUUCUAUUGAAGAGAAGCCAAACUCUGGAAGCAGCAAAACUUCAACUCUUGAAAACGACGCCAAUGGGUUCUAACUGUUAAUGUCUUAUUCUAUAUGUACAUACAGCAGUUACUAAUGGGGACAGUGGAAGCGAUUUGAUCGCAUGUGUGCUGGGCAGUGUCUUGUUUUUGUAUAUAUGACACUCCCAAGGCAUUAGAAAAUUUGGUAUUUAAUUAACUGUAAUAGAAUAAUAAGUCUAAGAAGCAUUUGACUUUGCAAGUGUGUCUAUUAUGUCAUAUGCUUUGAUGGCUGCUUAUUAAUGUACAAUCUCAUCCCUCCUUUAUGCAUUUUUACUUUGAGGUUAAGUGGUUAACCUUAACUACUGAUGAUUGUGUAAAAUGGCAUCUACAACAGUAGAAGUGUAAACUUUAUAAUAAUGUAUUUAUUAAUAUUAAUUAGGUUAUCUAAU